AUGGCCGCCCGGCCAGGAGAAGAAAUCGUAGCUACGCUCUUUGGAGAUGUCCAUUAUUUCUAUGGCCCGCCCACAGAUGACCCUCCGCACCACAGGUUUGACAAGGGCUCGUAUGUCUAUCUGUUCGAGGACGCGCACCAGGCGCGCGCUCGUGUCGAGGUCGCGAACAAGCCAGGGACAGAUGACCAAGACGCUUUCGAAGGAUACUUGGACACUGCCCAACUACGCUACUCGUACAAGCAGACCUGCGUGGUCACCUUGACACCGGGUGAGGUUGACGGCCACGACGAGUGGCACCUGCCCACGUACGAUCCCCACAACCAGAACAAAUACCAUUACAAGCUGCACUCGCUCGACAUCUAUUUCUGGACCCAACAGGAUGCCCUGCAGUUCGUGAACGGCAUCCGGCGUGUCCUUCCGCCUGGGCAAUGCGAGGUCCUCGACGAGCCCGGCCCGCCGCCCCUGCACUCAACCGAUGUAAGCCCCGUGGUGCAGAAUCUCGAGAGAGUUGCCAUAUCCGACAACGCCCUGUCGGCAGGGAGCAGCGCCCCAGGCGUGCCCUCCUUCGGCCCGCCCCCCAUCUCCGCCGUGUCCCGCGCGGACCCCUCCCCGCCGCAGGCCUUCAUCCCGAUUCCCUACAAUCCCGCCUCCCCCGCGGCGCCGGAGCAGAUCCGGCCCCGGGAGAAGACACCGCCACCCGAAGAUGGCGGCGUCAACCCCCUGCACCAGACCCUCGCCUACGACGCCACGACCCCCUUCUCUCCGGGGCUGGCACCGAGCGGUGCCGGACCCCUCAGCCCUGGCAUCCCGCCCCCGCAAUUCAGUCCCCCUCCCGGCGCCCCCUCCUUCCCCGGCCCUCCCCAGCACGGCCUCGCCAGCCCGGGCCUCCCGCCGCAGGGCUUCGGCUCCCUCGGCGGCGCCGCCAGCCACCUGGCGUCGCCGCCCGCGUCGUCGACCCCUCCGCCGCCACCGCCACCACCACCACCCCCGGCCCAGCAGCACCCGCACCAGCACGCACACCCGGGCAUCGCCCGCGCGGCCACCAUGCCGGUGCACGGCCUGCCCAGCCCCGGCAUGACCAGCCCCUACGCGGCGGGAUUCCCGUUCAACGCGCGGGACACGACGCCCACGCCGCCCGGCGUCGCGAGCCCGGGCCUGCAGGCGCCGGCGGGCGGGUUCUCGCCGUACUCGUACGUUCCCGGCGCGGGUGCGGCAGCCGGGGCGGGAGCGGCAACGCCCGACUACGGGGUGCACCAGCAGCUGUACCGGCCGACGGAGGGCGAGGCGGCGAAGAAGUACAAGCCCAAGCAGGAGCCGCGGGGGAAGCUGGAGGAGAAUGCCGGGCGGCUGGAGAGGGGGGUAACGGGGAUGUUCAAGAAGUUUGAGAAGAAGUUUGGCUGAGUGGGGGGUCCUGUCGUGGAAGCAAGCAUGAUUGGUAGAAUCUACAACGGAAUAGAGAACAUAUUUAAGAUAGUCUCAUGGUGAUGGUCCGACUUAAUGAUUAUACCUACAAUCACAAGGAAGGCUCUCGGCGAGUUUGCGAUGGGACCUAUAAUCCCAUUUAUGCAUGACAUGUGAAUGGCCGGAUCGACGACUGGAGAUG